GUAACUUCCAAUCAGUGAGACGAAGAUCACAAUUUUGAUCAAUAUCUCAAUUGUUUUCGAAUUUAAUCUAAGGCUAUUCGUUAGAAAAAAUAACUAAUUUGAUUUUUAUCAUGCUCUUAAAUUCAGACCAGAAACUGUAACUUUAGAAAUAAUGUCACUAUCACAAUUCUUUACUGACAUGCAGAAAGAUGGACUAUGUAAGAAUGUGUCUUUACAAGAACUGGCCACAGAACAUCAAUUGUUAAAUGGUACAACUCCCACGUUGAUAUUUGAUUGUUUAAAUCUCGAUAAGGUGAAAUACUUACUUAUGGAUUUAUCGUAUACGUGGAAUUACGACACACUUGUAAAACGAAUGAAAGAUUUCGUAAACCAACUUCGAGAGACAAGUAUCGAACCAACAUUUUAUUUUAAGGGAAAUUUACAAACUUCUUUAAAAGGAUUCAGUAAGAAUAAAGAGUAUGACGACGAGCAGACUGUUCUGGAUAAAUUAAAAUCAUUCAGAAAUAAAUUAGAACGGAAACCACAAAUUUAUGCUGAUAGGACAAUCAGCAAACACUAUUUGUAUUUCAGUUACAUUUUGAAAUAUGAAUGUCGAUGUCAAGUAAUUAAACUACUAACUGAAAAUAUGGUUAUAAAACUAGCCAAAAUGGCAAAAGACGAUGAAAGAUGUUUGGGAAUUUUUACAGUGAAUUCAAGAUAUUUAAUUUAUGAUACAAAACCUAUUUUUAAUCUCGCAGUUUCGGAAUUUAAUUCAAUGAUUACAGAAAUGUAUGACCCAAAGGAUUUUAUGAGAAAACUAGGUUUAAAUAGAUCACAAUUAUUUUUGUUAAACUGUUUACAAACGACAAAAUCUGAAAAUAAAUUAUCAAAUGUGGCAAACGAGGAAAUAUCUGAUCUUGAAAAUACGAGAAAACUCAUAAAAGAAAACAAUUGGGAUUGGUGUGAAAGAGAUAUAAACGAUAUAUCAAAAAUCACUGGAAUAAACAAAAAUUUGCUACGUGAAAGAAUGCAGAAUUGUGGUACUUCGUUUACCCAAGAUGAUGAUGAUGAUGAUGAUACACGUGGUCAUAAGUUUUCUCAAUUAUUGAAUUUAAUCAAAGAAAAGUAUUGUGUGUGUGAAAUUCCCCAGAAAAUGUAUUUUCUCAUAAAAGAAAAAAAAUACGUCGAACCUAUUAAUUUAGCAGAUUUUGUAGACGAGUCGUUACCAUUUUCCACAGUCUUGUACAGAAGGAUGAGACGAAAAAUGUAUGGCCUUAUUUUUAACGAAGAACACGUUAAUGUAGAUGUAUUCUGGUGUUAUUCUAAAGUCGACAUUUUUUGCAAUAUUUCGGAAUCAUCUUAUUACAUUAAGUACAAUGGUGAUAUUCCACCUUUAGAACAACUUUUAUCAGAAGAAGAAAGUUUGAUGCCAAUUCGAUGGAAAUUGUUUGAGUACUGUUUGGAAACAGACAUCGCUGCUGAUAGUACUGAAAAUGUGAAACCGCAUUUACUUAGUUUCUGUUGCCUUGUAAAUUACAUGUUAAAACAUGGAGUUGUGCUGGAUAAAUCUGAAUUGGAUGCACUGAUUUUUCAGGCUAUUCUCGUUUCCAACAACAGUGAUUCGUAUAAAGAUAAUGUGGAGUUGAUUCCGAGAUAUGUCCAUUUAAGCAGAUUGUACGAGAAAGGGAUGUCUUAUUUGAUGCUCGUGUCAGCUGUUUGUGGAUUUCCAAUUUCGUUGGAGCACUUCUUGCAUUGGAAGACUUUUAAUAUCAACGUUUUUAUCAAUGUAUAUAACGAAUUACUUUUAGGGAUGGAGGAAGACGUGUUUUGUAGCCAGAACAAUAUUGAUAAAUCGUGUGUUGAGGAGAUGCGCUGCCUAUGCUUAAAAAAUGUUGAACGUCCUAACUGGUGUACUAAGCAUAGAUUAUUUUAAUACCAACCUCGAAACGAAGAUUUAUUCUAUCUGAAUGUCAAAAAAGUGUUUUAAUUAUCAUCUACUCUACUGAGACUUGUAAUUUUUACAAUUUAUCGAUACAUACAUUAAAUUUUUAAAAAAGUUCUCUUCUGUUAUUUUGCAAUUUUUAAUAUUUUCACAUCAUUUUCUUGCAGUAUGGGGAGAACGAGUUUUUUACGAGUUUGUGUUUUCAUAUUUUUCUGUAUUGAAAUAUACAAUCAAACCUCGCUACAGCCUCCUUGUAUAUAGCUGAACUCUCGUUAAACUCCAACGGAUACGCAUGAAACAAUCUAUUCUAUAAACACUGUGAAGGUAAACUAUAAAGAUCUGUAGCGUACCAUUCUAGCGAAUCAAAAAUAAAUCAGGCGGGGCACUCCUGGAAUGUUCAAGUAUGGAUUGUUCAAAGUACUGGGGCCCUAUCCACACAGAUGA